AUGAAGCCACAUCAAUCAUACAGAGAGUGGGUAGCCGAUCUCCGCGGAUUGGCAAGAGAGUGUAACUUUUCGUGCUCAGCCCAGAAUUGUUUGCACAAUUUCGUGGAUGAUAUGAUUCGUGACCAAAUUAUUAUACGUACACCGCACGAUGCUGUGCGCACCGCUGCGUUCCAAAAGCCCCAGCCAACACUUGCUGAUGUUUUACAGAUUGCAGAAUUGUACGAAACAACCACUAAAACGGUGGCAACAAUUAAAGAACAAACGAUCGAAAACUCAAUGCCUGUUAAUUCAGUUGUAAAAUUCAAAUCAUGUUCUGGCUGUGGAAACUCUCAUGCAAGAGAAAACUGUAAAUUUAGAAAUGCUGUAUGCAAUAGAUGUAGCAAAAUUGGACAUAUUGCGCCAGUGUGCAUGUCAAAACAAAACAAGAACAACAAACGUAAUUCAGGUGAUGAAAACAAGAAGAAAGAUUACCGUCGUAAAAGUCACAACAUUGGUACUGUUGAAACAAUUAACAGUUUAACAGGUAUUGUAAAAACUGAAAGCAAUAAGAAUUACAUUGACUUGGAAAUUUGUAAUAAAAUUGUGUCUUUCCAAAUGGAUUCUGGUGCAACAGUUUCUCUAAUAAAUAAGCGAACAUUCAAAACUCUAAAUUGCCCAAAGUUGCGAAAUUGUACAAAAACCUUAUUUGGUUUUGGCAAAAAUGAAAUUCCAGUGCUUGGUGAACUUUGCGUAUAUAUCAAAUGUGGCGGAAAAGAAAGGGAAGUGGUAAUCGUUGUCGUGGAUGUCGAAAACUGUAACAAUUUAUUCGGUUUCGAUUUAUUCACAGAAUUCGGCCGACAAAUUCCAUUUUCGCAAAUGUCACUUUUCAAGAAAGAAGUCGAUCGAUUGACAAAUGCGGGUAUUUGGAAACCUGUGAAGUUUUCCCAAUGGGCUUCGCCUAUUGUACUAGCGCCAAAAGCUGAUGGUUCCAUAAGAAUUUGUGGGGAUUUUAAACAAGCAGUCAAUGCGCAAAUUGACAUUGAACAAUAUCCUUUGCCCAUACGCGAAAGUCUUUUCCAUAAAAUGAAUUGCGGUCAACAUUUUACAAAAAUCGACCUUAAGGACGCGUAUUUACAAAUGGAACUCGACGAUGAAGCAAAAACAAUAAUGGUUGUCAACACUCCACUUGGGUUAUUCCAAUACCAACGUUUACCGUUUGGGAUUGCAAGCGCUCCAGCUAUAUUCCAAAGAUAUCUUGAGCAGUUACUUCAAGGCGUAGAAGGUUGUGGAAAUUAUCUCGAUGACAUCAUCAUCUCCGCACCUACAUUUCAACAACACAUCAGCCGCCUAGAACAAGUACUUCGUAUUUUGCAACAAAAUGGUAUAUUGCCAGAUGAGUCAGGACUAAAAGCAGUAAAAAACCUGCAGCCGCCUAAAGAUCUAAAGCAAGCAGAAGCAUUCAUGGGUAAGGUAAACUAUUACCAUAAUUUUAUACCUAAUUUUUCGCAAUUAUUCGCGCCAAUCAACAUGCUGCGCCGAAAAAAUGUAAAAUUCACAUGGGGUACAGCACAACAACAAGCAUUUAUAGCUCUUAAAACGCAUAUUCUCAAUGCAGCGCAAUUAGCACAUUAUCAGGAAGAUUUACCGUUGGUUCUAGCUACAGAUGCCUCCUCCUAUGGCAUAGGAGUCGUGCUCUAG